AGCCUCACACUCUAAGCUUCAUAUUCUUCUUCUUCUUCUCUAAUGGCGUCCAUUAUUUCUUAUCUUUUCAUUGCUCUUUCCCUUUUAGCUUUCUCAGCCAAUGCUCAGCUCUCGUUUGGCUUCUACGCAAAAAGUUGUCCCAGACUCGAGUCAAUUGUUCGGGCUGGUAUGACCAAAGCUGUUAACAAAGAAAAACGUAUGGGAGCUUCAAUCCUUCGCUUGUUCUUCCACGACUGCUUCGUAAAUGGUUGUGAUGGUUCUAUAUUAUUGGAUGAUACUCCAACAUUUAAGGGUGAAAAAAAUGCGUUUCCAAACAGAAAUUCAGCUAGAGGCUUUGAAGUAAUUGAUGAUAUUAAAACUCAAGUCGAAGCUGCUUGCAAUGCCACCGUGUCAUGUGCUGAUAUUCUUGCUCUUGCCACCCGCGAUGGGGUCGUUUUGCUUGGAGGGCCAAAUUGGGCUGUACGUCUCGGUCGAAAGGACUCGAGGACAGCAAGCGAGAGCGGAGCGAACAACAACCUUCCGGGACCAGCCUCCGACCUCUCGACACUCAUCUCGAUGUUCACUGCUCAAGGCUUCACUGCCCGUGAAAUGACAACCCUCUCCGGCGCUCACACUAUAGGCAUGGCCCAAUGUCAAUUCUUCCGAACUCGCAUCUACAAUGAAACCAACAUCGAUCCCGCCUUCGCCACCCAGCGGCAAGCCAACUGUCCGUUCAACGGCGGCGACAGCAACUUGGCCCCUCUUGACUCAACCAACACUGUGUUUGACAACAAAUAUUACGUAGACUUGACUAAUAGGCGCGGCCUGUUUCAUUCGGACCAACAACUCUUCAACGGUGGUUCACAAGAUGCGUUGGUUCGGACCUACAGUAGAAAUCCCAUUAUCUUUAAAUCGGAUUUUGUAAAUGCGAUGAUCAAGAUGGGGAAUCUUGCUCCUGCGAGUGGAACCAUCACUGAGAUUAGAAAAAAUUGCAGGGUGGUGAAUUAAUUAAUCUUAAUUAAUUAAUAGUUAAAUAGUAAGAACAAAUAUAGAUAAUAGUUACAAAAUAAGAAAAGAUGCUUUUCCAAAGGGAUUUAGGAUAAAAAUAUAUAUUUUCUUUUCUGUUUGUUCUUGAUUUUCUCCGUGUUGUAGAAUAUAAUUUCUACCAACUGAAGGAUUAAAUGCCAAAAUAAUAGUGAAACUUAAUUUUGCUUUAUA